CCCGCACACUCGUUGCUGAAAUUCCACUGUAUCAUCAGUCAACUCAAGUUCUCUACCAUCAAAAGCUAACCACGCAAUACAGAAAAACUACAGCGAGAAAACAUGUACAUAUUUCACUGCUCGAGUCUCAAGUUAGAACUAUCAGAAUAUAUCUAAUAACAGAGAGCUCGGGAUUUAGGUGUCUCAGUUCUUAAAAAAGUGAUUUAAAAAUAAAUAAACAAAAUUUUGAAAUUGAUAAAAAAAUUACAAGGAAAUUAUCCCGAUAUUUUAGUCAACUGUGUAAUAAAAUGUUAACAUUUAUUCACGUGUUCUAUUGACAUAAGAUAUUUUAACAUUACAUCAUCAAUAGUGAUAAAUAAAAUAUAAAGUAAAAAUGGGUAAUACAUUAACAAUCGCAAGUGUCCUAGCUAAAGAUGUUAUUACACCGGUGCCUCAUGGUGAAAUAAAUGAAAAACCAAAGUACAAUCACCACGUGCAUAAAUCAUUUGAAGGUACUCCACCUCCAGAAUGUCCAAUGCAUCAAUCUGGAGAUAAAAAACCUCAAAUAAUUACCAGUGAAUGUCCUAUUGAUCAUAUGGACAGCUCUCAAAUAAAUCCUAUGAAUAUGAUGCCUCCAGCAAAUCAAAAUCCAGCUCCGGAUCAGCCAUUCCCAUUGCCCACAGAUAGACAAGUAUCAUCGAUACCUAAAUCUACGGGUGAAGGUGAGUUUUGGGUGUAUCCAUCUCAGCAAAUGUUUUGGAAUGCUAUGCUGAGAAAAGGUUGGCGUUGGAGAGAUGAAGAUAUUAAACCCAAAGACAUGGAGGAUAUUAUUAAAAUUCAUAAUGCUAAUAAUGAACAAGCUUGGCAAGAAGUACUUAAAUGGGAAGCAUUACAUGCGAAAGAAUGUGGUACACCAAAGUUGAAGAGUUUUGGUGGUAAAGCUAAAGAUUAUUCUCCUCGAGCGAAAAUUCGUCAAUUAUUAGGGUAUGAAUUGCCUUUUGAUCGUCACGACUGGAUCGUCGAUAGAUGUGGAAAAGAUGUACGAUAUGUUAUUGACUAUUACGACGGUGGUAUGGUUGAUGACAAAUAUAAAUUUGCAUUACUUGAUGUAAGACCAGCUAUGGAUUCACUUGAAAAUAUUUGGGAUCGCAUGAAAGUUGCCUACUAUCGUUUCCGUUAUCAAAGUAAUGAGUCGACAAAUGAACAAUCAACAACUUUAUAAUUGUACCAUAACUAGUUAUAGUUUAAUUAUUAAUAGUAGUAAUUAUUUUAUUUUUGGUAUGCAUCCAUAUAUGUGUACUAUAAUGAUAUUUAUGUUGUAAUUAAUCUGUUAAUAAAAAUAAAAACAGUCAAAUAGUUUGAAGAGCUUA